AUGAGGUCGAAACAAAAUGAUUCUAAAAAAGUGAAGUUGUGGGUUUCACAUUUUGCACAAAAUUUGUUAUCUUUCAAUAGUGCAGAAAUCAUUUGUUUUUUUUUAAAUUUCUAUUUUGAGGGCAUCAAAAGAAAAAGGACACAAAACGAAAAUUAAAAAGAAAUCGUAUGAAAAAGCCGGCUCUAGGAAUGCUUCCUGUGUACGAAUCAAAAAUAAAGGAAUUAACGAAAAGGUCCGUUUUUUGAUAUAAGACUGCAGCCUCGUACGAUAUCUUAGGAGAAAACUUUCGAAAAAGUGGGGAAAGCGUCAUCACAAAGGACAGUCAAAGGAAGCCGUGAAGAAGUCUUUCUAUAAUCGAAAAUAAAAUUCAUCUUCUUUUUUUAGCAUCAUCAUAAGAAAAUUCCUGGGAAUCUAAGCAAGGUGAAAAUCAAAAGGAAGGUUCAUUCAUCAAUUAGGAAUUUAGGAGAAAUCUUCGAAGAAACGUAUCCCAGCAAAUGCUAUCUGGCCUAGUGCUAGUGCGGAAUUGGUAAGAGAAGCAGAUUUCAAUUUCAAAGUUUUCUCUAAUGUUUGAAGGUCCAAGUGAGUGCUCGUACAAGCAGAGAAAAGACACAGAAGAACUUAAAAGUGCUACGACAAAACAGCAAGGAAAGCGCAGAAAAUGUUAGUUUUUCGAGUGAAAAUUCUACGUACUUUUUUGAGGUGCCUAAAAAAAUCCGCGAAUUGGACAAUGUUAAAACGAGCCAUGUUCGUUCAUUUUUUAAGGAUAGUUUUCCACAGAGUGUUCAGGAUAACACAACGAAAGAAGAGUCCGGCAGCCAAAAGGGAGGCCUUCUAACAUUUACUGCGGACGCUGAAGAAGGGUCGCAAAAGUUUGUCGACUGGGUUCUGCAAGCAAGUGAGGAUCUUCACAUUUCUCUCCCAAUAAUCCGAACCUUUUUCGUUUCAGAUGGAAAUGGUUGUGGUCUCAGCAAACUUUUCGCUGAAAACGUGGAGAAUUACGUGGCGCCUCAAGAGUUGCGGACUUCCACAGCGUUCUCAUCUGACAGCAACAAGGAGAAGAACCGUUCGACGGUAGUUUCCAGGAAGAUUUUUAUGGGAAGCAAAAAAAUUUCUUUGAUAACUUUUUGGGUUUUUAAAUUUUAAGAACCAGAGAUUUUUUUCAAAGAAGAGGAGUUUUUUUGAAUAGUCAGGUUUAUGAAAUCUCUAAUUUAAAAGUUUCUAUUUUUGAAGUCUUAUUCAAUGCAUGAUAAGCGUUUUUAAUUCAGUUCUUAGUGAAAUUAUUCAGCCGAUCUUGAUAGAAUCCAAAAUAUUUUGAAGAAAAAAAUUUUCAAAAUUUAUCGUGGUAAAAAAAACGGGCAUUUUCCUCUUUAGGACUUGACUUGCUAUGACCAGACGCGCGUGAAGCUUCCAACCGACGAGAUGUUCACAUCAGACUACAUACACGCCAACACGAUCACUUUCAAAAACUGUGAUCGUUCCUACAUUGCCACUCAAGUAUCUCUUUUGAAGCUUGAAAGGAAUUUUCUUUUCAUUCCAGCUUCCUCUAGAGGAAACUCGUGUGGAUUUCUGGCGGAUGGUGGUCACCCAAGAAGUCGAAACAAUUGUCGCUCUGUUCGAUCCUUCCAGUGAUGUAGAGAAACUCCAUAAUGAGAUUCGAACGCGCAUUGCUUAUUCAGGAAGUCAAGAAAAAGACAAAAGCUUCGAGGGCAGGGAAGCCGUCGACACCAACGAAUCUCACCACUACGUCUCCGACACGUUCGCCGACGACGGCGAAACCGUCGCAGCGUGGACAGAAGACUUUGAGACGUCGCUCCAAAGAUUCCGAAGACAAGGCUGGCAAAGAAGUCACUGUUUCGGUAGAAAAACUGGCCCUUUCUCCAUCAUCACUUGAAAUCAGACUGGAAGUAACGAAUACUGGCCCCUGAGAGAAGGCGACUACAUCAACUACGGUCCGUACUUCAUCCACACUCGAAAAGUGGCGCAUCCAGAUCUAAAGCUGUUCCCAACGAUCUACACGAUUGAAGUCCGUUUGAGCAUUUCUUCAGAUUCGGAAGGGAAAAUUUGCAGGUCGUUGAGGAGAACUGUGCCAACGCAACGUUUGUCAAGCUCAUAAAUUUCCCUCAAUGGACUACUGGAAAAUUGCCGAGUAGCCGAGUCAUCUUGAAGCUCAUAAGCCAGAUUCGAGAGAUUCUGGUUAUAAAUUUUCUUUUUUCAUCCUCACAUGUAAAUUUUUUGAGGAUCCCAGAUCUUGUCCCAAUGUGGGUGGUAGUUUUUCUUCUUCUUGUUUGUCAUGACGAUAUCUUUCCGGACUGUUGUUAUCAAGUCAAACAUAAAGAAGAAACAUCAGGAAAAAGCAGUUUUUGGAGAUUUCCUGCAUACUUUCGGCCUUAUUUUUUCAGUAAUCAAUGACUCUCAACAGAUAAACUUUUCCUGAGUAUUUUUGCCCAGGCCCACUUAAAUUUUGGACCAGAUCUGGAAUUUUCACUUUAAAAACUUCUCUCGUCAAUUUAUUUUUCCUAAGAUCGACCCUCUUCGGAAAGGCAAUGUUUUGGUUCACUGCGAUACGGGAAUCAACCGAACCGCCGUCGUCAUUCUUUGUGACGUCAUAAUCCAUUGUAUCUUCAACAAUUUAGAAAUUGAUGUAGGGAUGUAAGAAUACUGCAAAAGUCGAAUUUCGACAGGUUGUCGAAUUGUGCCGAGAACUGCGAAAUCAAAGGGCGUCCUGUUUGCAAAAUCGCUUUUACUUUCUGUGCGUCAUUUUUGUUGUUUUGGAGUACAUCCAUGUGAGUUUUCUCCAUCAAUUCCAGCUUCUGAGUACUCUUUUCCAGUCACAUUGUUGCCAGGGCUCAAAAAUAAAUCUUCCUAUGCACGAAAAAAUUUCGCACGUCGUAAAACAGAUGGCCAUUGUGAGUUUCACCGCAAAUCGGUUGAAAGAAAGUUAAUUAUUGCAGGAAUUCUCGAAUAUCAACGCAAAAGAAUUCGCUGUGAAUAUUCCUCUUCAUUCUGACCCGAUAAUUCAGAACUGA